AUGGAGGACCAAGGUCUUCAUCACCAGGAAGUUCGUGUUCCGGGCGAGGCGCAAUCACAGAUACAAGAUACACAGACGAUCGACCACGUUGCCUACCAGAACAACAUGGAAGACAGACGAAGACUCUUCCAGGACAUACAGGAAGUAGACUACCUAAAGGGUACUAACCCUGACAGAUACGAAAAGAUGUCGAAGGACAGUUUUACGAAAGAGGUCUGGGCUUUGUAUUGGGUCGCUCCUUACGACGAAGUCAUCCGUGCCCGUGAAAGAAUCAGACGGGGGGAAAUUAAAUCAUGGAACAUGGAUACGUUUCUUCAGAACGCCACAGAGAUGCUGCCCAUGGUCAUGUAUCUUGUGAAAAACGAGGCAUACUAUCGUGGCUGUGCACAAGAGAGGACUGAGCUCGUGAAUAAACACUUCGGGUAUAUCAGCAGCCUCCAUUUAUUAUUUGGGGGCAAGAAAGCGUGGGAGUACUCGGAAGCUCCGGCUUCCGCCGGUCUCCGGGGACCACCGCCUGACCCUAUCCUGACCGAUCUCAGAAGGAGGGCAACUGCCAUGAUCUUCCUCCUUGAAGCCGCCCAAGCCGGCCAUGUGACAGACGAUAUCUUGGAAGAAGAAGCUGUGAGGGCAGUGACGUCUUCCCAAGAACCUGAUGUGAUAGAAACGCAUUUCCGGGAGCUCAGACGCAUUCACGAGUCUCAGUGGCAACAAAAGAAACGCGAAAAAAGAGCGGCCAGGAACAACAGCAUCUCCUAUCUCGACAACAUCCAGGCCAGACAGGACAUUUUGAAGCAGAUUCAGGAGGCCAAUUAUCCAGUCACCAUGCCGAUCGGGAAUAAUACUAUAUUUGCAAGAAUCGGCAGAGAUUUGCUCAGCAAGGAGGCAUGGUCCGCGUUCUGGGUUGCUCCAAUCGACCAGCUACGCCAGCUGAGCCUGAAGAUUAGCAACAAGCAAAUCCAACUACGCGAGAUCCAGAACGCGCUUGCUGAGACUGCAAGAGAUCUACCUGACGCAAUAGCUAUCAUAAUGAAGAACAAAUACGGAUAUGAGACCAAUACACCAAUGGCAACAACAGAAAUGGGCACCGACGACAACGAGGAGGCCCAUAUCUACCCGCAGAAAAAGAUCGAGCACGCGUCAGAGUGUGUAGCGAAGAUACAGUGUCUUGAUCUUCUGUUUGGAGAACAGAAGAUCAAGGAGUAUACGACGGCUCUGUGCUCAGACUGCGUGAAAAACCUGGCGAAUCUCACCACGCUCGACGAAGGUCUGCGGACCAUGUGGGACCAGGGUAAGGUCACGCUGAGGGUCAGAUCAUUCAACGAGAAUAGAGUCAACCUGGCAGUCCAUUAUCUCAGGGACUCGAAGCUGAGAAUCAGAUCGAGAGCCCAAGAACGAUACAGAUGGGAGAAUGAUUUCACGGUGACGCCUGCGGACGUACUUGACUUCACGGAUGCGCACGUAAUCCCCACGGCUACACAGUAUUAUUUUCAGGAUGAAUUUACGUUCAAAAUGCACGCUGAAGAUCGAAGACUGCGCUCCGAUCCGGUUUUGCUCGAUCUCCGUGACAAAAUCGCUGUCAUGGCGCCUCUCCUGGGCGCAACCGAAUACAUUGACGACGAUCAUGGCAAUGUCAGUGAGGGAACGAGACAAUCGCCGGUCGAUGAAGCCGAAGACGAUCAAAGUGUUGAUGGAGACAUAUCCGACAUGGGUGAGGAUCUUUACAUGGACGAUGACAACUAUGAGUAUGAUUCAGACGAGUGA